AAGAGAAUGCGUUACCCAGAAACCGGAAGUAAGCGAUGCAAAUGCAACUAGUUGUCGACUAGUUCGGUGGGUAACUAAUUACAACAAUAAAAAGUACAUCUGCAAGUCGAAUUUUUCAAUAUGGGAACAACGGCAAGUCAACUUGGGAAGGAUUUGCUCUCAGAAUAUCAGGAACUGACAUUCUUGACAAAACAAGAAAUUCUUCUCGCUCACAAGAGAUUCACAGAACUGCUUACUAAAGAUGAGAAAGACCUUCCAAACACCAGAGUACCAAUGGAGAAGAUACUCACUCUGCCAGAACUCAAGUCCAACCCUUUCAGGAAAAGGAUCUGCCUUGUAUUCUCAACAUCUGAGCAGAAAGACGGAAGCCUCACGUUUGAGGACUUCCUGGAUCUUCUGAGUGCCUUCAGUGACUCUGCUACUCUGGAAAUCAAGUCCCACUAUGCAUUCCGUAUUUUUGACUUUGACGAUGAUGGAACCCUUGACUGUGGGGAUCUGGAGAAGCUGGUGAACUGUCUGACUGGGGAGACUGAUGACACAAGACUAACACCAGAGGAAAUGCGACAGCUCAUCAGCAAUAUUCUUGAAGAGUCAGACAUUGACAAGGAUGGAACUGUCAACCUCUCAGAGUUUCAGCAUGUCAUUUCAAGAUCACCAGAUUUUGUCAGUUCUUUCAAGAUUGUGCUGUGAAGACCUCUAGUGGGCUGUGGAAAUGCAUUAAUGUUUAAUUUUCACUCACUCAAUUUUCAAUAUUUGCCUUAAAUUAUAUUUCUGUGUGGAUUUUAUCACCUUUACGGUUUUUAUGUGCUGUUUAAAUUUAAUACUAAAUUUAAUACUCUUAUGAUUUUUUUUUUAUCUGUAAAGAAAAUUAAAAAUGUUUACAAAAACUACUGAAUUACUCAUGUUUAACAGGCAUACAAAUAAAUAACUUUUAUAUAUUACAAAAUA